GAUGAUUUGCAUUAGCGGCGGUCAUGUCGCACCCGCCAGAUGGUGUGCAAUGCCCGUAUCCGCCCAGAUGCCGAGCCGUUAGCAACCCAACCGCGUGUGGGCUGGCACCUAUCACGGUAGGGCAGCGAAAUCGUCAUCUGAGUCCGACCAAUGUCAGAUGACGAUGCGAUCUGGGCCGGCUGCAUGUGGAUUGGUGUGGUUAGUUCCAACGUGGCCAGGGGAGUUAACUGCACGCGCGCGCGGGGUGAGUCGCGUGUGACAGGGUCGUCGAUAAAACUGCCUGACGAGCCGUCCCUCUUGAGACCCAGUCUCAGACGAUACUUUACCAGGACUGGACCGUGGCUUUUGGAUCCGAUUCGCGAUUUCUGCCAAGCCCAGAUCAGCUCCCUGCGUCGCAGAAAUGUCCGUUAAUUUCACAACUUUGGUAAUCGUCGCAAGCCAAGUGCAGCCCGACAUCGUGAAGCGGCAGGUUGUUAUCACGCAGACUAUCACGUCUCCCGACUCGACGAGUACGGCGCUCGUGACGCUCGACCGCGGUGGCCCGACAACUACUUCUUCGGCCGCGAGCUGGAGCGCGGGCGCUGCCUCGUCGGACGGCCUCGGACAGGCCCAGAUUGGUAUAAUAGUGGGAUGUUUACUCGGCGCCCUCGUCCUCGGCAUAGUCAUAUGGUGUUGCUGCACGAAGAGAUGCGGGUGCACCCGCUACACUGCUUAUGAAGGCGACAGUACAGAGGAGGUGAUCUAUUAUACAGACGACAUGGUAGGCGUCGCUCGACCUGCAAGAGCUUGGCCAAAAUUUCCUCAAUCAAUACCGCCGCCUGUCGUUCCGGAAUAUGUCGCAACUGCCGAAGAUCCUACUAUUCCUCGCUGGACAGCAUACGGAGCAUCGCGACAACCACGCCCCACCUAUUAUGGGGGAUGAGAGACGAGCGGCGUAUCCAGCAUUUCAUUUCACUCUGUUAUGUUUGCAAUUAUUGGCUUUUAAUCACCGCCAUUUAUAUUAUCUUCUGUUUAUAUGCGUCGGAUAGCUAACGGGUAAGCCAUCGGUAACAAGGGUCGUGGUGAGUCCAACAUCCCAACCCCUAUUUUAAGAGGUAGGUCUAACUCGUAUUCUAGAUUUUUAUGGGUGCACAUGUGUAAUAUAAGUUGAAAUGCCCUUGCGUCAGGUAUAACUGGCAGGAAUUGGUUAUGAUACCCAUUUUGCACACGAAUGAUGAUAUGCAACAUAAGAGUACG